ACGCUCUUGCGUCCGUUUUGGAGUAAUGGCUGCAAAGCCGAAGGGAGUUAGCCCGGCGCCCGAGCAAGGACAGUACGUGAGGCUCAGCAGCUGUUUCUCGGGACUUGUGGACAGGCAGGAGCGGGCCCUCGGACGGUUCACUGAGUCGCAGGACUACCGCGACGCCCGACUAGCCACCAUCUGCUCGGAGUCGUCCGGAAUAACCCUCGCCAACUGGCCGAAGCUCUCUCAGUCGAGAGGAUCUCUGAAAAACCACGUCCGUGCGGGCGUUUCUCCGGCCGUCCGGAAGGCGCUGUGGUUGCUGGUGUCCGAAGUGUCUGAUGAUGAUUCUGUCCUGUUUGCCAAGGCAUUUGGUGAACCUGCUGAUGAUGAGAUGGAGGGCCAGCCGAGGCAAGUGUGUGCGAUGUACGACUGGCCGUUUGAGCUCUCUGCUCUCCCUUCCUUCCACCUCAAGCCCCAGUAUGACAGUGCAUAUUUCAGAGUGCUCUGUGCCUUCUCUUACUCCAUGCCUAAUGUGACCUGCUGCCCCCUCCUACCUGUCCUGACGAAGAUUUUCCUCCAUUUCCUUGAAGAGUGGGAGUGUUACGCCGUUCUCCAUCACAUGUUGAGGAAGAGGGCGUGGCUGGACCAGAGCCUGCAACAGCUGCAUGCCUCUCGCGUCACUUUCAGAGCUCUUUGCCACUCCCACAUUAAAGGGUCCCUGGGGCAGCUGCUAACCCUCUGCCCCUCUGGCCUCACGGAGGACAAGUUCCUCUCCCAACUCACCCUCCACUGGUACAGCUGGCCGUUCUACAACCAGCCGUUCUGGCUCCAGGCGAGGGUGGCUGACAUGUAUCUCACCGAGGGACCCAAACUGCUCUACCGACUGGGGCUGGCCGCCAUGAAGAUGUUUGCCGAUCAAGGGAGACAUUUAUCCUCACCAAUAGAGGUCAGUCUCCAGGAGUUCACGGUUGCCAUGACGCCCCACCAACGAUGUGAUUGGUUCAAAACAGCGUUUUCGCUCCCUCGUCUCCCGUGGGCGUCGGUCCUUCGCCAGUGGGGUGGCUACCUCGCCAAGAUCCCGGCUGACUUCACCGGCGAAGAGGUGGAUUCUGGUUUCCCCUCGCUCCCUUCCUACACACGUCACGUGAACCCUGACAUCUCGUCCGACAUAUUCCCUAACGAGGAGGCGUGGCAAGCUGUGUGGGCGUGGCUACCGGAGUGGGUGACAUGCGAGAGCCCCGAAUGCAUCUUCAGAGCUUCUCAAGAUGGUUACAACCUCAGGACUCUGUUCAGGAAGUGUGAGAAGACUAGUUCCCUGGUUCUCGUCAUCAGAACUUCUCACAAUGAGGUGUUUGGAGCGUUCAUUGCGAGCGACCUGCGAGAGAGACACGAGGCCCAGUUCUUCGGGACGGGGGAGACGUUUCUGUUUGCCCUGGUUCCUCAGCCCGCUCUGUUCAGAUGGACUGGGGACACUGACCUCAUUCUGAGGGCCAACGACCAGGAGCUGAUCGUUGGGUCGGGAGGAGGGGCGUUUGGACUGUGGAUUGAUGGGGAAUUGAACCACGGUAGCUCUAGGACUUGUCUAGCAUUCAACAACUCUCCCCUCUCCUCAUUAGAUACUAGCUUCAGAUGUUCCAAUGUUGAGGUGUACAAUUGUGACUUUGAUGGAGAGUACAUGGCGGGCAUGUUGGCAGCUGCCGGAUACAACAUCACUGACUCUCCGCUGUCGGCAGACUUGUGGCUCCUGAACAGCUGCACUGUGAAGGGUCCCGCGGAGGACGGACUGAAGAACGCCAUCAGGAAGGGGAGGGAAUUGGGGAAGUCCCUAGUCGUUAGCGGCUGUGUUCCUCAGGGACAGCGGAGCCACACUGACAUCAUGGGGCUUUCUGUCGUUGGGGUUCAGCAGAUUGACAGAGUUGUGGAAGUGGUAGAGGAAACAUUGAAAGGAAAUACAGUCAGACUCUAUGGCGAGCGUCGCGUAAACGGCAAGAAAGUGGGCGGAGCUCCGCUGGACCUGCCAAAGAUACGAAAGAACCGUCUCAUCGAGAUAAUCCCGAUCAACACUGGCUGUCUGAACCACUGCACCUACUGCAAGACGAAGCACGCCAGAGGAGAUCUGGGGAGCUACCCGCCACGCCAGGUGGUGGAACGAGCCAAACAGGCUUUUCAGGAGGGAGUUGUUGAGCUGUGGCUGACCAGCGAAGACCUCGGAGCCUACGGACAUGACAUCGGCAUCACCCUCCCGGAGUUGCUAUGGCAACUGGUCCGUGUGGUCCCCGAGGGGUGCAUGGUUCGUCUCGGAAUGACCAACCCUCCGUACAUCAUGGACCACAUGACGGAGAUGGCGGCCAUAUUGCGUCAUCCUCACGUCUAUUCAUUCCUCCACGUCCCUGUGCAGUGCGGCAGUGAUUCUGUCCUCGCUGAAAUGAGGAGGGAAUACACCGUGGCUGACUUCACCACACUCCUCGACUACCUCCUGGAACAUGUUCCGGAAAUCUCCAUAGCAACAGACAUCAUAUGUGGGUUCCCCACGGAAACGGAAGAGGAUUUUGAGGAGACGAUGCGUCUAGUGGCGAGGUACCAUUUUCCCAGUCUGUUUAUCAACCAGUUUUACCCUCGACCUGGAACACCUGCCGCUCGUAUGAGACGAGUUCCUACUCAUCUGGUGAAGGCUCGAAGCCGAAAGCUGUCUGCUCUCUUUCACUCUUAUUCUCCGUACACCCAUCUUGUCGGGACGACGCCGACUGUACUGGUCACCGAGGUUUCCAGUGACGGGAGGUUCUUUGUCGGCCACGACAAAUCAUAUCGCCAGGUUCUGGUACAGCGUGAGGACGGACUGAUGGGUAGAAAGGUCAAGGUUCGGAUCACCAGCGCUGGAAAACACUACGUUAUGGGGGAGAUCCUGAGGGAAUCAACUGUUGAACCACUUCCCAAGACUGUUACCGUGACAACACCUCCCGUUGUCAUGGAGACCGUGCCAACUAUGUGGAGUUAUGUCGGGGGUCAGAGGUCACUGGAGGGGAUAUUACUGGCAGUAGUGAAUGGUCGUCUGUCCUUUGUACCAGAGGACUACGGAAAGCCGUCGACCACACCCACUUCGGCCUCUGUGCCAGCUGCCACUCCCACUUCCAUUCCACACAAAAAACAGAAAGCCCCAGCUCAGCUAGCCCAGCAGCCCGAGGACCUCCCUGAGGGCAUGUACCGCUGUGAAUUCUGUGGUCACGUGGAACACAAGGCAAAGUUUCUGGCACCGAGUCGAAGAUUCUGCUCUCUGACUUGCUGCAAGAGGUAUAGUGCUGAGAAGAGGUACUAUCCUUAUGGGAAGGACGAAGAGGGAAUUGCACAAUCAAUCAGAGAGGGGCUCCUUAAUCCAAAUCGCUCCUCUAGCAAACCUGGUCGUGGCAGCAAGCAGGUGAGGGAAGAACGGCGCAGGAGGCUGGCAUUCUACAGCAAGAGUCCUAGUCAGGAUCCGGGACCGUCUGGCGACAUAGUCCCUCGCAGACCAAGGGGGAGAGGUGGGAGGAGGGGGAGGAGAGGGCGAAGGCCAGCGUCUCCGACGUCCACACACCCUCCUCAAAGUUCCAGAAGUGGGCAGGGCUCUCUGAAUACAUCAAUGAUGGAAACGUACGCCCAUCCGUAUGGCACUCCUCUCUACGAGUGGACAGUUGAGGAUGUCGGAGAUUUUCUGUCGGCUCUCGGCUACGAGGCCUACAUCGACAAAUUUGUGGAACACGAAAUCGACGGACGUGCGUUGGGUUUGGUCCGGGAUCACCACCUGCUCAUGACGAUGAAGCUGAGACUGGGACCAACGCUCAAGAUCUGCGAGCAAGUCCAGGCCAUCAAGGCCAACGACGAUAUCUUUGACGAUUGAUUGAUCUCGCACCCUCCACCACCUCAUCUGUCUCUCACACAUCUCAAGAAAAGUCACCAACACAUCAUUUCUUGUCGUACGUUUGCUCUUCCCUUCUCACCUCACUGCCUCUCACGUGUGCCCUGUUUCACUCCUCGAGUGUGUAGCUGAAAAUUUUGACCGAAAGAUAAACUUCCAGCGGUUUUUUUUAAUCAUUAGGCGUAGCCGUCGUCGAUCUUUGGACCCGUUUCAUUACACCAAUAGUUGCCUUAUAAUCAGUGACAUCAUAUCAUCAACUGUAAUCAUAUUAACUAGUCCAUUAUGUCAUGCAUUAUAAUAUAUACACACAUGUUCCCUCUGUCAAAAUGUACAGUUCUUGUGAAUAAUUUUUUAUGUCAAAUUGAACAGAAGUUGAAACUGGGUAGUUAACAAUUAUUGAUGACAUAACUAUGACAUAAUUGUGUACAUAUAUAAUAUAGCAUGAGUGAUGGGGGGAAAAACAUAAAAAAUUAUUUUACCACAUCUGCAUUGUAUGUCAGCAAUUUGAAAAAGACAUGAAAUUGAAUUGAUUAGCUAGUAAAAAUGUAGCUAUGGCACAAAAAAGUGGUUUGGUGGUACUAUGUGGGUGUGUGUGGGCCUGUAAGUGGGAGGAGUCAAAGGGGCGUGGUUGUUGGGUGUGGCUAACUGUCUAAUGAUGGAGGGGCUGGGAGGAUCCAUUGGUUAGGGUGCCUGCGUUGCCGUUGGCGAUUAUGUAUUGAAGAAUCGGAUCGUUAGCAUCAUACAGUGUCGGGAGGGGCUUUGGUGUUGCCAUGGUAACAAACUCCGGUCCUCUCCUGUCGGUAAUGACUCCCAUCUGAGUUCCGUUGUGGAGGGCGUGGUGCUGCAGUGUCGGCAUGACAACGACCUCGUUCGGCGAGGAGACAUGAUGCUGGUGGUAUUGGUGAAGUGAGGGGUGUGGGGAGUGGGCAGGGACGCGUGAUGUAAUGAUGACAUCAGGGGAAGGGGGAGAGGGGUCUGGAAUGUUAACUAGAGUCAUUUGGAUCAUGUCGGGUGGAGAUGGGGCGUGGCUAAUGUGGGUGUGGGGUGUGGCUUCGUUGUGAACGGACUGGACCGAGAUCGGAUGGUGACUCAAAAUGUUGCUCGGAGCGGAGGUGGGCAUAAAUUGUUGUCCGGUUACCUCGGACAUGGGGAUCAUGGUGAUCUCCUCCGCAGCCUCGAAUGCGAGGGUGCUCUCCAGCGUCACGGAGGGUGCGGGGGGCGGUGGGGAAUACUCAGGAGGGGGGCAGGGGUUUCCAAAUUCGUCGUUCACGUCCCUGUGCAUCAGUCUGCAGUGGUCGGCGAACCUGGUGAGGUCGUGGAACGCCUCUCCACAGUGCUUGCACUUGUGAAUCCGGUCCCUCCGAUGAGCCUGAAUGUGCGCUCGCAGAUAGUCUCCGCGGGCGUAGCGCUGUCCACAGAUGUGACAAGUAAAAGGUUUUUCGCCAGUAUGAAUCCGCAUGUGGCGUCGAAGGUGCGUAGCUCGGAUAAAACGAUGGUUGCACACGUUGCAUAGAAACGGUCGCUCGGGCUCUGGUUUCUCGGUUGAGGGUGGGAGGGGCCUGGGAUCAGAGAAAGAGGGCAGGGCACCCUGAAUUACCUGUUCAUCCGGUUCAACCAGAUUCACAAACUGGAUUCCCGGGCUCUCUACUCCGUCCGAGGUAACCCCGAGGGACAUUACCCCGGAGACUGACUCCGGGGUAGCGACGGACGCCAGGAGGUGUAAGUUACUCCCCGACGACGACCCAGUGGGGUGCGGGGUAACAAAAGCUCCACCCCCUGGGGUUUUCCCCUGUGGGGUAUGCGGCGGAGUCUGAGUGGGGAUUUGUCCCACUGGGGGAUGGUUCUUUCGACGGUGGCGAUCCAGAUGUGAUGCCCGGUCGAAUUCCUCCCCGCACUGCUGGCAUUUGAACACGGCGACUUGGUGCAGGAGGGAGUGGCGGUUCAGGUGGUCGGCUCUGUUGAACCGUUUCCCGCAGAUUUGGCACAAGAAUAUCUUAUUGUCCGGGUCGGGGUGUGUCAAUAUGUGCUGUUGGAAGAGGUGUUGACGAGUGAAUCGCUGUCCGCACACCUGACACGAUACUGCCGUGUCCUUCCCGUCACCCUUCCUGCUAAACCCGUUUCCGCCAGGUUGCGACGUUUUCGAGGACUGCGGCCGACGUUGGAUGAACGCCAAUCUCUUCUUGUUGAUUGGGUACUUGCGGAGUAGCCGGCUCAUGAAGCUACACUGAGGAAUGGAGUAAGCGAGUUUGAGCGCGUUGUGGUCCCUGCGAGCGUCGAUCGGGGUCUCCAGCUGCAGAAAGUCCUCUGCUUUUGAAAAGUCGAUGUCUCCGUCCUCCAAGGUUUCGUUGGUGUGGAUCACCGUCGACUGCUGGUGGUCGUUAAAAUGAGUCGAGAUAGCGAGGGCGGAAUUGAUCGGCGAAUCCACUAGGAUUGAGAGGGGGACAGGCUGCUCGACCUGCAGUCUCAUGUGGGCCACGCCAAAUCCUCCAAACAUCUGUUCCUUUAGCUGCUGCAGCUUCAGGUCCUGGACGCGAAUCAGCUCCGUGAAUGCUGGGCACAAGAGAGAGAAAACAAUCGAUAGGUUUCUGAAAUCCCCAUGGCCUGAAAUUGAGCCCUCACAGAAGGUUUGAUUUACACAAGGCUCUAAGGAGGUGUAGACAAUGAAUGGCUAAUUACCGCACCCGGCUACAACCGCUUCAAAGGCUUCCAGAGCAUUAUCGCGCGGGACGGGAAUGCCAAUCAAAAACUAAUCGGAGAGGGAUGCGGGCCCCCACGCGCCAUGCCCGGAGGCAAGGCUAAUCAGUUUUUCUCACCCCGACCACAAAGACGGCCAGCUACUUACAAUCCCUCCAGGGCCACCUUUCAACGAGUAAUCAACUCACUUGGUCGUUCCAGUUCUUCUUCUAGCGCCAGCGCUAGCCGAUGGCCGGCUAGGCACACGCCUCCGCUGCCUCCGAGCCCUCCGUAGCGGCCCGUCGUCCUCGCGUAUCUUCUCGGCAUCUCCUCACGAAAUUUCUCGUUCGCACAGCUAGGUCCGUGGUGAUCAGAAAACCCCGGUUACAAAUUCUUCGUGCGCGACGCAGUCGGGCUGUUGAGUCGACUCACGUCUUUUCACGGCCGAUGACGAUCUAUCGAGCUCUAGGGCGAAUCCGUACGCGGCGACCGUGCACCCCGCGAACCCGGCCCUCCUACCGCCCAGCGACACGGCGCUCGAGGCGGCGAUGGGGAUUUUCGCUCCGACUCCGGGCGAUCGAAGUGACGGACGACAGCGCGAGGCUUUCGAGACGCGGCAAAAAUGGCUGGGGCCUAACUCUUUGGGGAA